CUUAAUACAUCCAUGACAUAAACGUGUCCUGGGCGGGGAGAGUCCAGCUCGUUUGACGUCAGGAGGGAAACUGUUUAGGGGCAGAGCCACAGGACGUCUCCCUGAACAGCGAACUGAAACCCGGUAACAAGAUCACAUCGGACACAUGAACCCAGACUGGUUUAUCACAUCCAUGGUUUAUCACCAGCUGCUGUUAUUUUGGACACUUUCUUGACACACUGGGCGUCAUGCGUAGACCGUAAAGGCGUCACGCAGCUGUGGAAAAACACCGGAUACGACAGCCGAACAGGUGAAAGACUUCCGUUGAGAAGUCGGGCGCCCGGGGUGAACCGUUGACGUCGAUAUUUACUCGAGGGCAGCGGCAUGUAGUAGGCUGUGCGGCUGUCCAUCAUGAAGAAGCGAGCCUACAAGGUACUGGAGGAAGAGGAGACCUUGUGCUGCUGUGAGUAUGUGAACAGACUCGGAGAGCGCAGUCAUGUGGUAGCCUGCUGCUGUGACUGUGAGGACCUGGAUGAUGCCUGUGACAGAAGAAGAACCCUACCUGCUUUGGUGAUUCUCAGCACCUUUUCCUCUAGCACCAACAGCAGGUUUAUGAAGAGGGAGCCUCAGAAACCUGAAUCCCUGUCUCAUGUGGCUGAAGUCUUCACAGACCGGAUUCGUGUACCCUGGCUAUGGGGUGGAGCCCGAAAAGUUGACCUGUCCAUCAUCCCUCCUCUUAUUCUCCUCCCGGUCCUGCUGCACUUAGCUGCUUUCCACUUCCUGCUCGGCAUGGCAAUUCUGAUAGCUCUGCCUGGCCUGGUGCUGUGGUACUACUAUUUCACCCACCGCAAGAAAGGACAGACACUCUUCUUCCUCAGCCUGGCACUCUUCUCCCUGGCGUACAUGUACUACUUGUUCAUCACUAAUGUGCUUCCCAGAGGGGAUGUUAGCCUGGUCCAGCUAGCGGUGGUAACUGUAGGGGUCAUACUUACCCUGGUAGCUCUUGUCCACACCAAGAGAGGACCCGGAAUUGUGCGGCCAAACAAAGAGGCCGUCCACAGCACGGUGACGUAUUACAGUCCUCAGGCAGACAGAGACCCUGUCAUCAACGGGGGGAGGCAAGACGUGACGAUGACAGUAGCCAACCGGGUGGGAUGGUCGGAGCACGCGGGAGUGGAGCUGAAGGAAAGCAGCCAAAGGAACUGGUGUCCGGUGUGCAGAGUGGUGCGGCCCCCGAGGGCGGGACAUUGUCGGAUCUGUGGUGUCUGCGUGCUGCGUCUCGACCACCACUGUGUCUGGAUAAACAGCUGUGUGGGUCAGGUCAAUCACCGCAGCUUCCUGCUUACGCUCGUCCUCUUCCUGUUGACGUCCCUGUACGGGAUCAGCCUGGUGCUUCAGAGUGUGUGUCCAAAUCAACACCUCCUCACCGCCCUGCUCUACUGCCCGGGGGUCUACGACCAGUACAGCUCUGCACUUUGCUUCACCUGUGCGUGGUACAGCGGUAUCGUGACCUGUGGGCUGCUCCACCUGCUGGUGGUGCAGGUCAUCAACGUCAGCUACAACGUAACUGAGCGCGAGGCACGCAUAGCCCUGCGAGACAAAACCGCUCGCAGGGCCUACUGGGGACUCGUCGUGGACACCGGCGUCUACUCUCGAGGUUUCCGUGGGAACUGGGCAGAGUUCAUGACCAUGGGAGAAAAACUGAAUCCACCCUUUCCCGUCCCAACAGAACUGGUUGCCUUGCUGGAAGUCGACGUACAAGAAAAAUAUAAGAAUGAGUAAUCUGUUCUGGUCCUCCUAGGGACGUUUUUUUCUGAGCACGGCGUCAGUAACAAGAUGAUGCCUCUGGAGUUGGUCAGUCCUGCACAAAAUGUGCAAAACAUCUUUUCAAGGAUGGUCUGUCUGCACACUCCUCCACAAACACUUAUCUGCAGUGUUCUCAAAGGAGGGACCCUGACCUGGAUUUGUGAACUGUGUCAUGGAUAUUAAAUCACAGAUGAAGCAAACCUCCUGGUGUGACAUAAAGUGACAUAAUUAAUGUUCUACAGCUCACCACUGCAUUAAACAUAAUAAAUGAUUGGAUAGUA